AUGGAUAGCUCAGACGAGUCCGCGAGCGAAAGACAAAAUUUGUUGUCAAAAUUCUUGGCGACAAACGGUCAACGUUCAGCGGAGAAUAGACAAGUGCAGAGGGGAACCGGGACAACACCCCCUGCAACUAUAAAGCUACCAUAUCAUGUGGAGAACCGCCAGCCUCCACUCCCUCAGGCUCCCAAAGUGCGACGCUCCCAGCGAGAACCACUUGUUGACUCUGCUGCCAAUAGAUCCUUGGUCGAUCGCACCCACACAACAGCACAAAGCCACGCCACCAGAGGUCAUGUUUUAAGGGUAAGAGGAUCACGGGGUGCACGCGCACAACAAGCGACUCGUCGCGUCUUACCCAACACUGGACAGCAAAUGGCUACUCAAACGGAUGCCCCGCGCUCCCGACGAUCGAGAGGUCGUCCAACCAAUUACUAUGCCAAGUCGAAUUACUCGGGAUACGGCUAUGGCUCCGAAUCUGAAAACAAUGCCGGGGAAGAGGAAGAAAGAAGUGAAUCGAUUCCCAAACCAAAGCCCUCUUCCGCUGUUCGUUGCCAGGCACCAGCACCAGCACCACAACACAAACCAAAAUCACGAGUAAUAUAUGGCUUCAAUGGCCUACGAAUAUGUCGGUGCUCAUUCAAGUCUUUUGAAGACAUAGCAGACCUCCCAAAAAAGGUCCCAUAUGCGCCAGAGAAUGACUCGUCGAAAUAUGCACGACGGUGCAAACAAACCCCCUCUAAUUCUAUCCUACACGUUACACUCACAAGUGAAGAGAUGGAGGCCAUGCUCGAACUUCUCACUUUUUUCUCAGUUGAAACUACAUUACCAGAUAUGAGCUUGGCGGACCGCAUAAUCAACAUAGUCAAUUCAAUGCCCACGUCUCGCCUUGAAGGAUGUGUUAUUGGCCAAGUCACACGACUGAUGAAUGUUCAAAGAUCUUUCGCCAGACACGGACUCAGUACUCUUGCCGAAUACUACGAGGGCAUAAAGCAUGUUAGCAAAUCUACACGAAGGUCCGUCGAGUCUUUACUCAGCGAUCUCUCCAAGUCAACCGCGAAAUCGGAGCCGUCACAAUGGCUCGCUAUAGCAGCCAGACUUCAGAGGCGCCGCGACUCCGAUAUAUGUGCAUUUAUUGCAGAUGUUAGACUUGGAUCCGUGCCAACAAAACCCUACUACAUCCUGGCAUCGCGAAAUCCCAAUGGCGAACAACAUGGUCUCGUAGGGGAUCGGAUGUCUUCUACGCAGAGGCGGGACCGAUGCUCUAAUUACAGCUUACAAAGGAGUCAAACGUGGAAAGGGGCGUCGAAUGACGUUAUCAGCCUGGCAUGGUCCCCAGAUGGGACGCAGUUUGCUGUUGGUGCUGCGGCACACUGCGAUGAACAUAACAUGCAAUAUAACCGCCCGAACAACCUCUUACUUGGUGAUGCCGUUAAGAACUCGAUCCGAGAGCUGCCAGAUCACCGGUUACCAUAUCCCUCUGCGAAUGCGAGUAGCCCUCACUUGUACAUGAGUGUCAGCGCCGUGCAGUGGUUCGAGGAUGUUCUAUACACGGCCAGCUACGACAAGACUGUUAAAUUAUGGGAUGCCUCGUCGUAUGCGAAUGCAACCUGCACACGAACUUUACGCCAUGACUUGAGAGUCCAAGUUAUGGCAAGACCUCACAAUAACCCCCAAGUUCUAGCCACAGGGACUGAUUCUACUGUCCAUCUGUGGAACAUGGAUAGCAUGGGCGAAACAUCACAGUCACUAGAUUUUGCAAAGCAACGCUCAAUUAAGAAUCCGCGCAUCGCCCGAAGUGUCGAUCUGCUGCCUUCUGUAUUGACAUGGGGUUCGUCGUGGCAUUCAAAUAAUUUUCUGGCUGCGGGGUUCUCUGUUAAGGAAACCUACGAGGGUGACGCAUGCAGAGAGGGUCUAUUAGCCAUGUGGACAAUGACUGAAAGCUCAAUGGAGCCUCUACAACUACAGCCGAACGCACAGAAUAUUUUUGACGUCAAGUUUCACCCCGUCAUGCCCUGGCUCGCAACAGGUAGCUCUGUUCCUCCGGGGGGCAUAAGUGGCGGUGGUAAGGGUGUGCGGUCGUUGGUGCGUGUCUACGAGCCUCUAAAGAAGACGAGAUGCGCGCUUGAGUUAGAUUGCCCAGCGCUUGAUAUCAACGAUGUCACAUUCUGUCCUAUGGACAGAAGUAUCAUUUCAGCUAGCUGCACCGAUGGCGUCACAUAUGUGUGGGAUUACCGGAACCCGGGGCAAAUUUUACAUCGGUUAUUUCAUGGAGAUGCCUUGAACCAACUUGACGAGCAACUCACAAGAGAGCAGGCAGACGUUGGAGUGCGAGUGGCGCUCUGGGAUAACUCCAUUGAUAACUUCAUCACAGGUGGCUCUGAUGGUGUCUUGAAGUCGUGGAAUAUCCUGAGAGCGCCUGAAGAUGUGCUCGUCCGAGACAUUGCUGCUGUUGAAAACGAGAUUAUGUCGGGGGCUUUCUCACCAGACAAGUCCAUGCUGCUAGUCGGGGAUGAUUCAGGCGGCAUCCAUGUGUUUUCCAAGGGGGCGCCUCCAGACAGCGUGAGAACAAUGGAGUUUGAUUACGACAAUGACCGCGAAGAAGAGCUGUCUGGGUUGCCCUCGGAUUCAGGCAGGUCAAUAGCCAGACAGCUCCUGUCGACCGGCGAACUCAUCCGGCAUCAGAUAUAUGGCGUUGGACAAGGGCCAGCAUAUCAAGGACCGUAUGCUGCAUGGGCGCGACCUGAAGGCACGCCUACAGACAUGCUAUCUAUUACUCCGCUUCUCGAGGAAUUACAACUCCAGCAGCUCGAUAGUCCAGGGUCAGCCACACAUCUAGAGCAGCAAAGACGAGUUGCCGAGCUCCGCAACAAAAAGGACCGCAAGCGAAAACGCCACCGAGACAAAGACAAACCUGAAAAAGAUCAGACAACGACGACGAUGACGACGGAAGUAGUGAAUCUUUGCAGUGACGAGGAAGACCAAAAACAACAACAAAAAUCAAGGCCGAUUUUGAUUGACCUCACGGGCGAGACAGAGUCGGAGGAUAGUAAUGAUUGCAAUGAUAAUGACGACGAUGAUUAUAAUACUGCUAUGGAGUUUAGCGCUGGGAUAUCAGAUGGAGAGUCUGGUAUGGAGGAUUACUGGUUCCCAGACAGUGGCGAUGUUGACGCCAACAUCAGGGACUCGAGUUACUGA